ACGUGAAAAUGGCAACAGUGAGGCAAUCCCACAAAUUAUUACAAAGUUCAGUUGAGUCAGCUCAAAGAGUGGGGCGUUUUAUAGCGCGUAGAGUGGAAGAAGCUGCUAGAGUCUUGAGAGGAGAACUGAGGAGAAUAGACACUCAAGGACUAGUCAAUAACCGUGGAAGUUACAAGUAGCAAUUAAAUUAAAGUGAACUCCUACCAAACUUGAAAAUAUGGCUGGAAAUGACUAUUGUGAAGAUAUGCCUGAUUGCCCGCUGUGCAUGGAACCGUUUGGUUUGGACGACAUAAACUUCUUCCCCUGUGCGUGCAGAUACCAGGUUUGCCGGUUUUGCUGGCACAGAAUACGAACAGAUGAGAAUGGAUUGUGCCCACACUGUAGAGAGCCAUACACAGAGAAUCCUGCGGAGUACACUCCUCCCACUCAGGAGCAAAUAUCAAAGUUAAAGUCGGAGAAAAAGCAGAAAUCGACAGAACGAAAACAAAAGCUAGUGGAGAAUAGAAAAAACCUAGCAGAUGUUCGAGUGAUUCAGAGGAACCUUGUGUUUGUGGUGGGGCUUUCCCCGCGACUGGCUGAUCCUGAAACACUGAGAAAAAACGAAUAUUUUGGCAAAUACGGACGAAUCUUUAAAGUGGUCAUCAAUAAUCACACAGUGUACAACGGGACACAGGGUCCCAGUGUGAGUGCGUACGUAACCUUCAUUCGUGAUGACGACGCCUUGAAGGCAAUAUCUGCUGUAAACAACGCUUAUAUUGACGGAAGAUACCUCAAAGCCUCCUUUGGCACCACUAAGUACUGCACUACAUUCCUGAGAGGAACACAAUGCUCUAAACCAGACUGCAUGUACCUCCAUGCUCUGGGAGAUAAUGAGGCAAGCUUCACUAAAGAGGACAUGCACUUGGGUAAACACCAGGUGUACGAGCAAUCAGCACUAGCAGCUGCGAACCUUGAACCCAAGGACGUGGCUAUUGAGAGUUUGCCUCCUACAUAUAACUCUACCCCUGCUGUAGCUGUGCCUGUCGUGAAGAAAGUUCAGCCUGUUACCGUUGUUAGCCGUAGUCCCAUUGUGAUCGAUACUGGGGAGAGCUCUGCCCUACCAUCCACUGCUUCAUGGGCCACCUCUGUACCCAAACCAGCGGAAGCAGCUGUUCAUCAUGCCCCUCAUUCCAAGUCGCAUUCCAAAUCCUCAAAGCCCCGUUCCAUGCAACAUCACAGUCCCAGUGUCCAUCGACAUGGUCUCAAACAUAAAGAGAACAACUCGACAUCCGGUUCUCCAAGCCCCAAUAUGAUUGCUAUGGAACGAGAAAUCUCUAGCGGAAAUAAAGCGCAAAGGACUAACAGUACAAGCAGUAGCAGCAGCGGGGACAGUUAUAGUUUAUCUCCUAAAAGCACUAUUUCAAAAAGCUUAAGCUCUGGAAGUUUGAAUCAAUUCUCAACAUUUGAUUCACCCGAGUCUGUUUCUAGGCUGAAAUCAAACUGUGUAGAAGCUAUAGUAAAUGGUGGUCUAGUUGUGUCAGAGAGCGUUAAUACUGAUCAGAUAAUGUCGGAGAGUGAUAUGAUUGACGAAGAUUUAAACGAAGAGAUAGCUGCAUUGAGUGUAUGUGAACCCAGUGUGAUGUCAGAGGUGGACGCUGCUAUACAGCCUAAGCCUGUGACUAUGUUGGAGCAAGAACUGGCCAGAGAGGCCGAGAUGGCACUGCCAGAUACUCAGACUGAGGUAUCAGUCCCUCUAACCAGUACUGGUGUGUUGGCUGUAAACCUUCCAUGCUCGGAGUACAAGGUGGUGGAGAGGGGCGUGGCCAAUCAGGGGGUGGUCCCUAAACAUGUUGGUGGAGAUAAGAGUGAUGUCUUGAAUGUACUGUCUGGCCUUGGGUCCAAUGGUAGUGAUCACUUUGGUUCUCUGGGGGUCAGUUGGAACACUCAAGUGCCCAGUACUCUCACGAGCAAGUCAGAGGCAGCCAGCAGGGAGGAGAGCAAAGUCACAUCAUCUCAGCACGACGAUGAUCUAGGUUUUGACCCCUGGGAUGUGUCUCAGCAAGGCCUGGCUGACCUGCUGGAAACAGAGGCAGAGGAACAGAGGAGACCGCCCUCUAAACCACUCACUAAUGGUGUGAGGGAGCACUCAUUCUCAGCACUGCCUAAUAGAACUGCUAGUAAAGGUCAUCAUGACCCCUGGCAGGAUGAGUUUAGGGCACUGUUUCCAGAUGUUAAUGUCAGUUUUGGAGGUGGUCCUGGUUUUCCGAGCACGGCUACCAAAGCCAAGUCAGACAAGCCAAGCUCCUCUCUCCAUCACGCCCUCAAUGCCACCCACACCACACCCGCCUAUCAUCCCACACAACUGGCCAAUGCUCUCAACUACAGCUACAACCCCUCGACUGGGGCCACACCUCCUGCCACUACUGGUGCAAGCUCAAUGAGUGGAUUUCCUGUACGAGGAUUUCCAGCCUCAUGUACAAAGGUCGUGAGCAGUGACUGUGGGCUCCCGGGAAGUGGGCGUGGUUUCAGCGACGGGAACUGGCCUGGUUUUGGAGAUUUGGGUACUAGCGUGGACGGGAGGAAAACGGUCAAAGACACAGAGUUGAAAAACACCGUCACAUCCUCCACCACCUCCACACCUCACACUGCCUACACAUCGUCACUCCCAUCACCACCACCCGGUUUUGUUGCCAAGCCAGCCUUUGCCACCACCAGUGUGACGAGUGCGACCAGACCAGCCGUGACCAAAGUGGCUACACCCACUACUGUGCAUGGGGCUGUUGGAGGUGGGACACUGAGCAGCUCUGUCAACCACGCUCUCUGGGCCAACUCACAGAUGCAAGGGAAAGCUGCCCCACUCACAGCAGGUCAUGCGGUUCCCAACCAUCUCCUUCAGUCGUGGAACAACUUCCUCAACUUCAGUGCCCUCACACCGGCCCAACAGCAGCAGUUAGCACGAAGCAGUCAAAACUACCAACACCUACUGGCGCAACAAUACCUUCUCAUGCAAAGCCUACUAAUGCGUGGAUACCCUAUGUUACAGGCACAAGCACAAGCGCAAGCUCAGAUACAAGCCAGCAUACGAGCUCAGUUACAUCAACACGCAUUGAGACAGCAACAACAGCAGCAACAACAACAUGCUGGAAUGGCUGUAGGGACUUCAGUUUCAAGCCCUGCUACAUUACCUAAGACUGUUCCUAUGAGUGUGCCUAUUGCGAAACCUACUCAAACUUCAGUUGUUUCUACGAUUUCUACUACGAACAAUGUUGUAUCUGCGUCAGUACAAGCAACUUCCUCGUCUCCUCCACCCAACGCUACUAGUACUAGCAGUAAGGGUGCUACACAGAGCAGCAAGUCUUCGAAUCAGAGUGUGUCAACAAGUAAACCCAAACACGGACCCACAAACUCUAAAAACCAUAUCCAUCAUGCUGCUAGCUCUAAGAAUAAAACAAGCUCGACGAGCAGUAAGCCAGCUAAGAGCUCUUCUGCUGUCAACAGUGAGAGAAGGCCUAGACAAAAGAACGCUGGAAAGUGAUGCUUGACUGUGUGUGUGUGUGUGUCCUAAUGUCCUUGUAUUAUGUGUGCCGAUUUGUUUUGUGUGUAUUCCCUUGUAUGUUGUGAACAUCAUGUGAUUCUCCUCGUG